AUGGCGUCUUACAUAGAGAUUACAAUUCCUAUUCUACAAUUAAGUCUUGUUGUUACAACAGAAAUUGCCUUCAUAUUAGGACUUAUGACACACGUCUUCAUCAUAACUGUCUAUGUUAUGGAUUGGAGGAAAGGAAGAACCAUGUCCACGUCUGACCAAGUCAUCAUCUCCGUCAUGAUAUCCAGGAUGAUUCUACAAUCUCUUCUCCAGCUGAGACUAUUCUGGGAAUUAUUCUGUACAAUGUGUUCUCCUAUAUAUGACUUGGUUAUAAAAAUAUUUUUUUUCGGUGCUAUGUUUUCCUCCAUCUGGUUGUCCACUCUACUCGGCGUCGUCUUCUAUCUGAAGAUCUCCAAUAUUCACAGUGUCUUCUUCUUACAGAUGAGGAGACUAUUUUCAAAGAGGAUCCUAUGCAUUAUUAUGGCUUCUCUACUGGUUUCCAUUGGCCAAACCUUAGUGAACCAUUUUUGUACACAAUUCCUUUCUUUCCCAAAUUCAACACAAAUAAUACAGCCGAUUCAUGAAAUCUAUGCUGUGUUCUAUAUAAGCACAUUCAGCCCAUUGCUUAUAUUUUUGUUGUCCUCGCUGUUUCUUAUCACCUCUCUGUACCUUCACAUCAGACACAUGAGAUGUAAUAGGAAUGUGACCAGCAAUCUGGAUCCCUAUUAUAGGAUCAUUAAGUACACGACUGGUUCCAUCUUUAUCUCUCUAAUAUGUGUCAUCCUCUUUGUAGUGGCAGAGAGGUUCCAUAAGAUGUUUGGUUUUCUAUUCUUUACUUCUGCUUGGAUCAUCUUUGGAACGUUACAGUCAAUGUUACUGAUCUAUGUAACACCUAAGCUGAAGAAUCCAUUGUCCAGGAUCCUCAAGUCCUUAUCCAACUGCUGGAUGAAGAGAGAAGAACCUGGAGAUUUAGAGAUGACUGUCACUACUGGAUAUGUGAAUGGUGUCUCCAAGCUUUAG